AUGAAAUUCUCAAUUGCCGUACUGUCAUCAAUCCUUGCUGUCUGCUCAGUCACCGUUGCCAAUCCAGUUGAUCCCAGUUUGACUACGACCACGAGCACUGAAGCUAGUACUUCGACAACCUCUCCAAGCGCAACUUCAACUGAUGGACCUGACUAUCCAAGUUUUCCUAGCCCAUAUGACCAAUAUCUGAAUGACUGUUUUCCAAUUGAUUUGGAAGGAAUAUUCCUGAUCAAGCAAUACGCGGAUGGUAAAAAUAGAUACGACAAGGAAAAGAAAAAGGUCGACGAGAAACAGUCCAAGAUUGAAGAGCAUGAACAAUUGUGGCAAGAGCUAAACACCGAAUUUAUCAAUAGAAGGGAAAAAGUUUUUCAAGGCAUUGGUGUUGAUAAUUUUAUAUCAGAUCAAUAUGAUUAUCAAUGCCGGCUUUUUGAACAGUGGGCUAAUAUUGACAGGCUUAAAAAAGAAAUGGAGAAGCUCCACAAGAAGUAUACAAAAGUGCACGAGAAAUGGACCAAGUUACAAUCGGAACUUUAUGAUUACCUCUUGGAACAUGAUAAAACUGCAGUAAUGACCACUGAUGGUACACCAGACCUGAAUUUAUAUCCCGGAUUCAUGAAAUGUUUUAGUAUUUUCUACAAUGGCUCACCACAGUGA